AUGGGUUCUUCUUCUCAAAAGUGGGUUGUAGGGUUACUUCUUGUCUUGAGCAUUUUCUUGGAAUUGAGUGCCAUCACUUUUGGUGAUGAUAAGCUUAAAGAGUCGAGGUGGGGUAAUGAUAAUGGUUGUGGACGAUUUGGUAGAAGAGGAUGUGGUGGACGUGGAGGAUGGGGUGGACGCGGUCCAGGUGGUGGUAGAGGUGCUGGCGGAGGAGGAGGUCUUGGUGGAGGAGUAGGUGGUGGUGGUGGACUAGGUGGAGGAGGAGGUCUCGGGGGAGGAGCAGGAGGUGGAGGUGCGGGAGGUGGAGUAGGUGGCGGAGGAGGUCUUGGGGGAGGAGCAGGUGGUGGAGGUGGACUAGGAGGUGGAGGUGGAGGAGGACUAGGGGGAGGAGCAGGUGGUGGUGUUGGUGGAGGUGGUGGAUUUGGUGGUGGUGGAGGAGGAGGUGUAGGUGGAGGGUCAGGUCAUGGUGGUGGAUUUGGAGCAGGAGGAGGUGUAGGAGGUGGUGCAGGAGGAGGGCUUGGUGGUGGAGCUGGUGGAGGUGGAGGUAGUGGUGGUGGAGGAGGUAUCGGAGGUGGUUCUGGACAUGGUGGAGGAUUUGGAGCGGGAGGUGGUGUAGGUGGUGGCGUUGGAGAAGGUGCUGGAGGUGGAGGAGGAGGAGGCGGUGGUGGUGGAGGAGGAGGUGGCGGUCUUGGAGGAGGGUCAGGCAACGGUGGUGGAUUUGGUGCAGGUGGUGGAGUUGGAGGUGGAGCUGGUGGAGGAGUAGGAGGAGGAGGAGGAUUUGGAGGCGGUGAUGGAGGUGGAGUAGGAGGAGGAUCAGGUCAUGGUGGUGGUUUUGGUGCGGGUGGAGGUGUAGGUGGUGGAGCCGGGGGAGGACUAGGAGGAGGAGGUGGACAUGGUGGAGGAAUCGGAGUUGGAAUUGGAAUUGGUAUCGGAGUUGGUGUUGGUGCUGGAGCUGGCCAAGGUGUUGGAGUAGGGAGUGGGUCAGGUAGCGGUGGUGGUGGUGGUAAUGGCCGAUGA